AAUGCCAGACACAUUGCAACCUUUAUUGUCCCAGGAUCCUGGACUGAAAAAACAGGAAGAGACCUUGAGGGUUUUCCUCAACAGUGUACAGGGAAUUCCUGUGGCAUCUAUCUACAUGCUGAUGUAUGCUCUCAGCACCUGUACAUCAUGCCCACUAACAUUCACAGAGGAGGAGGUGCCAUUGAUUCGUCAGUGGUGGUGCAUUCAGUUGAUGGAGAGGUUUUGCCUUGAAGGGCAUGGACAGAGAUUUGCACACUGGACAGAAGAAGCAUCCCAACUCCUUCAGGGAACCCUUGAGCCUGUCUUUAGGGUGUCAAAAUCCACCAGCACUAAACAGUCACCCAGCAGAAGAGUUGUGGCUGAAGAGGACACUGAUAAGGUGCAACAGCCUACCAUUGUGAGAGACCUUCAUACAGCUUGGUACUGGGUACACAAUCACAGAGACUUAUUCCGUGGAGCGGUGACAGAGCCUGCUUUUCUGCAGAUGAACAGUGAAAGUCAACAAAAUGCACUCAGGAAGGCCCUGGGGAGUGAAUUCCCUGAAGCAAAGGAUGACUUUUUGUUCAUAUUUCCGUCUCAAGAUGACAUGGAAACAUUUUUGUCAUACUGUGUUGAUAAACAAGGCCUGAAGGUCAAUGUCAUGUUCCUCAAUCAGCAAUUGUAGUAGACGAGGGAGGGAGGGAGGGA